AUGCGAUACGCGAAACGUGAAAACAACUACAGGAACGGUGAUGGAUCCUACGUCGCCAUUGGAGAUGGACCGGACACAUUCUUUGAAGGGAGCCCAGCCAUAUCUCCAAACAGACACAAGGUUGGACUCCCCAAGGAAAAAGAAAAUAUGGCUGCUCUAAGGCUACGUCCGCACAGGCAGGAGGUUGAAUGUUCACACGCAUUGGGACCCUUGGACAAUACAUUUACCAGUUUUGAGAGUGAAGUAAAGAGUCAUUAUGGCACCACAAUCAAACCCUUCUAUUUCGAAAUUGACAGAGCCGAAUUUCAGAAAACACGACCGCGGCGUAACAAGCGAAAGAAAACUAAGAAAACAAAAAAGAAACCGCAUAAACAUGACCAAAAUGAAGCCAAAGCGAAGCAGAAAAGUGAGAAGAAAAAAUUUGUGAGGAGAUUUGUGAAAGUUCGCGACGAUUCAUUGUCUAAAUCGAGGGAGGUAGCGAAAGGGAAACCGGUGGAUAUUAUUGUGCAUAUUAAAAUGAAUGAAUGA